UGAAAAAGCAUAACAAAAAACUCUGCAAUGGCUGAAAAUUUGCCAAUAAGUACAUCUCCUGAAAAAGAGAAAGAUGAAAUCAGAGCAGAUCUACAUAUUGAAGAGUUGAACCUCUUUCAGGAAGAGAUUCCCAAGAUUGAUACUAGGAAACAUUUAUUACAAUCAAUAGGUGAUCCUGAAGUGGCUAGAAAAUCAUCAGUAAUGUUUUUUGAAAACAAACUUGACCUCAAAGCAGAUCUACAUACCAAAAAAGUGAAUGAAAAUCUGUUUGAAGUUACUGGAACAGAUGCCAAUAAUGAUAUAGUAAAAUCACUUCAAACUGUUAACAGGAUGGGAAAAUUAUCAGAAAAUGUGUCACCUGAAAAAGAGGGGACGGACAACGUAGCACAGUGUAACAAUGAUGGUAUAAAGGAACCUCCCCAAAAUGUUUCUGAAAAACAUAUCAAGAGAAACAUAUUAAAACCAGCUGAAAUUUUUCAGAAAGCUGAAGAAUCCUUACCUGCUGCUAUUCCUGAAAUAAAGAGUGAUGAAUUCCCAGCUGACCUAAAUGCUGAAGGACCAAUGGGAGUGCCUCAGAAAGUGUCUGAAAGAAAUAUGGAAAAACAAACAUGGUCACCAGAAAACCUGGAAAUUUCUCAAAAGUUAGAAACAAUCAUGUUAGCUGAUAUCCCAGCUGAUGUGAACCUUGAAGGACUAAACCAAAUCCCUACAGACACUGCUAAAGCAGAUGCCAAAAUAGGCAUGUUGCAAUUAGUACAGAAUUUUAAAAUGACUGAAAGGAUACCAAAGCACAUUUUGUCUGACAUAAAAUAUGAGCAUUUCACAGUUAAACUAAAUGAUAAAAGACUAAGGGAAAUCCCUCAAAUAGUAUUUAAAAUCCAAACUUUAAAAUAUUUACACUUAAACAACAAUGAAUUGAAAACUUUACCUGAAAAUCUAGGUAGUCUAAGAAACCUGGAAGUCUUAUCAAUUGAAGAAAAUGGGUUGAUGUCAUUGCCAUCUGAAAUUUCUCUACUGUAUAAACUGAGAGUUUUGAAUAUCAGCCACAACCAACUGUCACAUCUCCCUAAAGAGUUGUCAAAGCUUGUAAGUAUUAAACAACUCUUUGUCAGUCACAAUAACAUUGAGGAAUUCCCUAGGGCAUUGGAAGGCCUUGAAACCCUGGAAAAUUUAAAACUUGAUGGAAAUAAUCUAAUGACUCUUCCAGAAACGAUGGUUAGCAUGAAAAAUUUGAGAAAGCUCAGCAUUGAUUCCAAUCAGAUCUUAAUAUUCCCUAAAGUCCUCUGUUACCUUCCAAAUCUGAUCACACUCAACAUAUCUGGGAAUCUAAUUCAGAGUUUACCAAAGGAUGUUAAACAGCUCACGAGACUACAGGAACUUUCAAUGAAUCAUAACAAACUUACCUUUUUGCCUGUGCAGCUCUUUCAACUGACAAAACUAGAAAAGCUCAGGUUAGACGGUAACAAAUUGGAAGUACUUUCUGAUAAGGUUGAGAACUUGCAAGAACUUAGUGUUCUUAGCCUCGCCAACAAUUUAUUCAAGAACAUUACAGAGAACCUUUGUAAUUGUACCCUGCUGAGACAUCUUUUUCUUCAUGGUAAUCAGUUAACACAACUUCCUAAUAAUAUGCAUAGACUAAAAUAUUUAAAGAAACUUUGUGCCAGUAGAAAUAAAAUGAACACCUUGGAUGACCAACUGUCGCAUAUUAAAGAACUCUCUAUUUUAGAGUUUUCAGGAAAUGCAUUAACACACAUUCCUGUUGAAAUGAAGAAUUGUACACAAAUAACUAAGGUUGACCUGAGCAAUAAUAAACUUUCUCAGUUUCCAGCUGUAUUGUGUGCACUGGUUACUCUUAAACAUUUAAACCUCAGUGAAAACUGUAUUUCAGAAGUAAUUCCUGAAAUUUCUUUUAUUAAACUUUUGGAGCAUCUAGAUUUGAGUAGGAACAAACUGUCCUCAUUUUCUGCACACUUGUGCAGUUUUACAAAACUUACUUACUUAAAUUUAAGCCAAAAUGAAGUGAAUAACAUUCCAGCAAACGUCUCUAAUGUGCAGUCUCUCCAGGUUCUACUUUUAGACCAUAAUAAAUUUGUCUCAUUUCCCAAAGAACUGUGUGCUUUAAAGUGUCUACAGACACUUGAUCUUUCAGAUAAUGAAAUACAGAGCAUUCCUUCAGAAACUGGUUAUCUGCAAGUGAUCAGAAAUUUAAAUUUGUCAAACAAUCAUUUUGUAUCUUUUCCAUCUGAAAUAUGUAAUCUUUCAUCGCUGAAGAAACUGGAGUUUUCCCAAAAAAAUGGUCUGAAGUUAACUAAACUUCCAGAGGAGCUGUCUAAACUAAUUUGCCUCCAAGAGCUUGAUAUCUCUCAUAAUGCACUAAAGGAAAUUCCAGAAGGCAUAGGGGAAUUGAAAUACUUGGUCAGUUUAACUGCAAAUAAUAAUUGUAUUAAUCAGCUUCCUAAAUCUAUUAUUUCACUGAGUAGUCUACAGCACCUUAAUCUGAGUGGGAAUCAGCUGGUAACUUUGCCUGAUGGUCUCCAUCAUCUUCAUUUGCUGACAGAUAUAAAUUUUGAUGGGAAUUCUCUUAUCAGACCACCACAGGAAGUCUGUAAAGGAAAACAACUACAUACCAUUGGACGCUAUCUGGAAAGUGCUGAUGAAAGAGAUGAUAAAAUCCUGCAUAAGAUAUUAAAAAUAAUUGCUGGAAAUGUUCCCCUUGAACAUUUUGAAUUUUUUUGCCAGAAACUGCAACUUACUAAUGCUGAAAUUAAGGAUCUGGAAAACAACAGGGCUCUUGAAUUGGAAAGAAAGAUCUCUUGUGCACUGGGAAUUUGGAAAAGUGAAAACCAAAUACUGACUCCUGCUGAAAUGACGGAUCAGUUGAUUAGAAUCUUAACAAUGACUGGCUUGCAUUACCUGACCAACAAAGUGAAAGCUUUAAAACUUUAUACACAAGCAGUAAAAUUCUAAAUACUU